GUUUAUUAAAAAAAAAAAAAAAGUAGGUAAACUUGCUAAAAACUAAAAAAAGAAACAAAUGAUUGGUAUUUAUUAGUAUUCAAGACAAAAUAUAAAUAACGAUGGACUUUGAAAGUCCUGACGUAGAAAAGGACUUUCCAGGCCUAUACGCCUCUGAAAGCGGCCGAAAGAGCAACGAGAGCGACUUUAGUGAUGGUGGUGAGCAUGAGAAACCAAGCAAAAAGGAUUUGCUAGGACGAAGGAAAGACAAAAAGGAAUCAAAGAAAGACAGGGGAUAUGCUGCACUUGAAGGUGAAAGCUCCCCAGAAGAAGAUACAGAUACUAAAAGCCCAUCUAAAACAAAGAAGACAAAAUCCUUUAAGUUUCCAACAAAGAGUAAGGAGAAAAGAGAAAAGUCCAGGGACAAAGAAAAGGUACUAGAAGAUACAACCAAACUGAAAGAGCUGAGUGAAAAGGAGAAAAAGAAGGAAAGGGAAAGAGAAAAGGAAAGGGAGAAGGAGAAAAAGGAGAAAGAAAAGCGAGAGAAACUAAGGGAAAAGGAUAAGGAGAAAGAGGAAAAGGCGAAAUUCAAACUCGAAUCGAGGGAGAAAUUGAAAGAUGACAAAAAAGAAAAGGUUAAAGAUAAAGACAAGGAUAAGGUGAAAGACAAAGAAAAGGAAAAGGUGAAGGAAAAAGAAAAGGACAAAGUAAAGGAAAAGGAUAAAGAUAAGAAAGAUAGGAAGCUAACGAAGAUGCCGUCUACUGUCACGUCGGGAGUGCCCUUUGAAGAAAUCUUUACACUAGGAGUCGCAUUGCCAAUCUUCGGGGUCCCCCUUCUGCAGUCAGUGGAACGGUCCCGAUGCCACGAUGACACUGGCCUCCCCCUGGUAGUGCGGGAUAGCAUCGACUUCCUAGAAGCGCACGGUCUAAAAUCACCCCAAAUAUACAAAACUGAGCCCGACAAGAUAAAGUUGACACAGCUACGCAAACUGUUCACAGACCGGGGACCCACCUUCCCGUACCACUGGGACGUGCCAGUAGCAUGUGCGAUGCUGAAGAGUUUUAUCAGUGAAUUGCCAGACUCUAUCCUGACUCAAGAACUCCACGGUCAGUUCGAGCAGGCAACUGCGAUAGCUGAACCGCAAAGAGAGGCGACCAUGGUGGCUCUUGUAGGCAAACUGCCUGCCUGCAACCACAGCUUGCUUGGCUGGCUUAUGCGACACUUUGAGCACGUCGUCGCUAAUGAGCAGACAAAUCACGCGAACAUUCAAACGGUAGCGACUGCAAUGGGUCCGGCGCUUAACAUGUCGCUUAACCUGCUCACGUACUUCAUCACCAAAGCGGACAAACUAUUCCCUGAAGUACGGCUGACCAAGUAUGUCCCGCCUCUCCAAUCGAUCCCGGCUGAUUUCCCCGAAACUGCAAACGAAAUAAGCGAGGAGUUACGCAAGCAGGAAUCCUUGCUGAAUCAAAUACACGCAGAGAUGCACGCAGGUUUUAUAACUACGGCGCGAGAUCAGCAACUUUGGGAGGCGCAGAGGAUUGUUACACAGCUGAAGAGAAAACUCCGAUCGGUUCAGAAGUCAGUUGAACCGAAUGCAGUACCCACUACACUUAAUCAACCGCCAGACGAUAAACAAGACGACGAACUCAAUAGACGAAAUUCCCAACCGACUGACGUAGCACCAAAGCCAAUUGAACUAGCAACCAUUAAUGCGAGUAUAGCUCCUGUUGAACCAGAAAUGAAAACCCCCCUGUUAGUUAAUGAACCAUUCCAAAUAAAAGAUACAAAAGAAUCUCCGAACGCAGAUCCAACAUUCCCAGUAGAAUUCGAAGACAAUUUCGACUUUAAACCGACGGAAGCGGUGGACGAAAUAGACACUCCAGAAAAGUCUAUAGAAAAACCGAAAUUAACUGAAAAAGAACUCAAAGUUUUAAGACUGCAAUUAGAAAAUGCCGAGUAUUUACAGCUCAAAUCGUUACUCCAAGCCAAAAUUAACUCGGAACAAUUUGAAAUAGUCAAGUUAAGGAGUCACGUUACAUUAAAAAAUAAACAGGAAGGUAACGUUCAGUGUAAGGAAAAUAAAGAGAAUUUCACACCGGAAGAGCUAGAAUUGAAGCAGAAGUUGAUGAAGGAAAACGCAAUGUUGGAACAAAAGAGACUGAAUUUAGUAAAUCAGAUAUUUCAAGAGAGGGUUGCGUGUAUACAGCUGAAGAUUGAACUGGCUAUGAAAGAGAUUAUGUCUAAGUCAUAGACAGGUUCAGAUUUCGUCUAAGUUAUAAAAUAAACAUAAUUAAAGAGAUUUAGAUUUGGUUUGCGGCAAAUAAUUCGAAUAACUUCUCAUACAUACCCUUUUAUAUGAUGUUCAAUAUGGACAUGUGUCCAUACAAAUAUGAUGUGUUUAAAUCAUACACAUUAAACAUAUAUCGAUUGUCUAAUGCUUAGACAUAUUUGGAUUGACUUAAUUAUGAUGAGGUUCCAAAUCAGCAUUAAUAGUGCUUUCCUUACAUUUAUCCUCACGCACGUGGAAUCCUAUCUGUAGCCUUAAUACAAGAGGAGAUGUUUUCGAGUAAUAAACUCUGUAUCGUCAGAGUAAAAUGGACCGAAUGUCACUCUGUCACUGCAUUUCUGUUUUUUUAUUUACAAACGACCUGUCAAAAGCCCGUGUUAAAGCAUCGUGGGGAAGUUUGAGCUUUAAUACAAUACAAAUAAGACCCAUUUUACUCCGAAGUUCAAGUACGUGUAUACUACAAAACGACUUCGAUUGCGAGCAAGCAAUGGUUUAAGGCUACGGAGAUUAUGAAUCAUUCUACACUUCAAAUUAAUCAUUCUAAACUAUAUUAAAGAAAAAAAAGUAAUUAUUAGUUUCAAGUAAGAUGAUCUAACAUAAUGUAAUUGUAUGGAAAACUUAUAUUGAGUCACAAUCUUCAGAUGCAUAUUAACGAGUGCAAUGAAAUAUUAAUUAAAAUUAGAUCAGUUAAUACAAAACAGUAAUUAAAAAUACAUUAGCCGUAUAUGAUGCUUUUUUUUAUGAACUAUUUGUAAUUUUGGAUUUUAAUAAGUGAUUAAUUAUCUACAUGGGUGUAACUUAAGACUUAAAUUUAUUUUAAUUGGAAAUAAAUAUUAAAUCAAAUAUUUA